AUGCAAUACUUUGCCAACAACAGUAACAACAAUGUUAAUAGCAAUGGCAAUGGCAAUGGCAAACAUAAAAGCAAUGGCAAUGGCAACAAACAACUGGCCUUGGUAUCGAACUCUGGGAGAAACAAGAAGAAACAAAAGAAUGAACAUCUGUAUAUAGACAAGGCGGAGGAUAUUGACUCAAGUAGUGAUGACGAUGAUGUUAAUGGUGAUGGCAUGAUGGGUGUUGGUGCGAAACAACAAAGGACAACAUCGACAACUUCAACAACAACUACAAUGGCAAGCAACGCGCACAAGAAGAGGACUCUUGUGCUCGAAGAUGAUAUUGAAGACUCAUUUGCAAACGUCAUUCCAUCAAUCAAACAAAUGCCAAACAAGAUAAAGAAUGAAGCCAAACAGGAGGAGGAAGAAGAGGAUGCGAUUGUGUUUACUCAACAGCAACCGAUCAAACUCAGGGAUCGGUAUGCAAUGGAUGAUGAUCACGAUGAUAUCAUUGACAUUGACAGUGAUGAUGGUGAUGAUGGUCAAGCAGUCGAACAUGAUCCAUGGAAGAAAGCCCCAACAUUAACAAGAAAAUCAACAACAACGACAUCAACAACAUCAACUACAUCCACUUCUUCAAAUGGAACAAUGGCGCCACCUUUGAUACCCUCGCUCCCAAGACCAUCAAACUUAUCUUUAUUACCAAAUAGAGCUCCAUUAUUGAGUUUGAGGCCAUCUCUAGCAAAACUUCCAGCUCUAACAUCAUCACUUGGUAAAUCACCCGCAUUAUCAUCAUCAUCGACAUCAUUUGGUAAUUCAUCAUCAUCUUCAUCAUCAGCGACACCGUACAAGCCAUACGCAAGGGCUUCAUCAAGGUCAUACUCCUCAACAUCAUCAUCACCAUCUUCGUCACCUGCCAAGAAACCAUUCAGACCAUUCAGGAGACGAAAUAGCUUUAAAAGGUGA